GGGGGUGCCGCGGGACCAGAGCCCGUGUGAGGCUGCCCGGCCUUGUGGCUUCUGGGCUGGGGGCCGGGGGACGAAUGGGCCUGAGGUGCGCAAGGCCCCAAUGGAGCCCCUGGGCUCCCGCAGAACCGGCUGGGGCUCCCGCAGUCCCUGAAGAGCAGCUCGACCUUCUCUCGACCCUGGACCUGAGGCAGGAGAUGCUGCCCCGGCGGGUGUCCAAGAGCUUCCUGAACCUGCUCUUCCAGGUGUUGAGCGUGCUGCUGUCCCUGACGGGAGACGCGCUGGUCAGUGUGUACAGGGAGGUCUGCUCCAUCCGCUUCCUCUUCACGGCUGUCUCCCUGCUGGGCUUCUUCCUGGCAGUGCUCUGGUGGGGGCUCCUGUACCUGGUCCCUCCCCUGGAGAACGAACCUAAGGAGAUGCUGACUCUAAGUGAGUACCACGAGCGCGUGCGCUCCCAGGGGCAGCAGCUGCAGCAGCUCCAGGCCGAGCUGGACAGACUGCACAAGGAGGUGUCCAGCGUUCGCUCAGCCAACAGCGAGAGAGUGGCCAAGCUGGUGUUCCAGAGGCUGAACGAGGACUUUGUGCGGAAGCCCGACUACGCGCUGAGCUCCGUGGGAGCCUCGAUCGAUCUGGAGAAGACGUCCCAAGACUACGAGGACGCGAGCACUGCCUACUUCUGGAGGCGCUUCAGCUUCUGGAACUACGCGCGGCCGCCCACCGUCAUCCUGGAGCCAGACGUGUUCCCUGGGAAUUGCUGGGCUUUCGAGGGCGACCAGGGCCAGGUGGUGAUCCGGCUGCCAGGUCGUGUGCAGCUGAGCGACAUCACCCUGCAGCAUCCACCGCCCAGCGUGGCGCACACUGGGGGAGCCAACAGCGCCCCCCGAGACUUCGCAGUCUUUGGCCUUCAGGUCGACGAUGAGACUGAAGUUUUCUUGGGGAAAUUCACCUUUGAUGUGAAGAAAUCUGAGAUUCAGACUUUCCACUUGCAGAAUGAACCCCCCACCGCCUUUCCCAAGGUGAAGAUCCAGAUUCUGAGCAACUGGGGCCACCCACGUUUCACCUGCUUGUACCGAGUCCGUGCCCACGGUGUGCGAACCUCGGAGGGCGCAGGGGACGGUGCUGCAGGGGUCACUGGGGGGCCCCAUUAAAACAUGCUGACAAAGAAAACAAAACAAAACAUGUUGACAGAAUUGAGCUCUGUGCUGGAGGAAGCUGGAUCGGUGCCCAGGGCUGUCUCUGGCUUAAAUUUAACUCUAUCACCCGACAGCAAAACUGCUCAGGGCUAGAAACUUGCUCACAGACACACAGCUGGUGAAGAGCAGGACUGGAGUGGGACCCAGGUCUGCCCCCUGCAGAGCUCCAGGCAGCCGGAAGUCACACCUGUAAUCCUAAAUUCUUACUUCCAAUGUCUGGGGAAGUCUCAGACACCUGCUAGGUGCAGGUGAAGGGGAAGUUAGCCUGCUUUUCAGGCAAAGGGCACAUGAGCCUUUCUAGGAAGCCUGGGUCAGGGCUGACGCAGGUCUGGGGGCCCCUACUCAGGUUGUCUCUAUGAGCCUCCAAUGCUUGAAUCUGUGCUAGGCUUGGUGUAGGUGACCCAGCGCUCACCAGUCCCUGCCCUCAAGGAGCCUGACAGGGGAAGGAAGAUGUUCAAGGACAAAGGACAGACCCAAGAACUCUUCACGACAAGGGUCAAAAGUAGAAUCGGAAGAAAUAUGGAGACAGGCAAACCAAAAGGAUUAGAGGGUUUUACCUAAGGGAAGAAAAGGGGGACAAGCAUAAUGGUUUCCCAGUGUGUUCAUGUGUCAGAAGAGCAGACCAUUAAGUGGCCACACAUCUAGGAAGUGAAACGGAGUGUCUAGUACACAUGUGAGGGUACAGCAUUUAUCCAUCCAUUUAAAUUUGAUGGUUAUUAUUUCUGUAAUUGAAAAACAAGGGGAAAAAUACCACCAAAUGCUCUCAAAGCCUAAGUUACAGAAAUGAAAACUGCUUUUCUGGAGGGCACUUUUAAAAUAGGAACCAAAAAGCCUUAAAACGCUUUAUACCUUUGAGAACAUUUUGAGAGGACACAGAAGUAGAACCAAAUUCCAUCUGCUAGUCCCCUCAGUUCCCUUGAAGGGCCAGGGGACCAAAGCCAGGAGCCUAAAUCUCAGCCCAGGUCUCCCAUGUGGAUGGCAGGAACUCGGUUACUCGAGUCAUCACCACUUCCUCCCAAGGUCUGGAUUAGGCAGCUAGAAUGAGGAUUGAAUCCAGGUACUUCAGUGUGGGAUGCGGGUAUCCUAAUUGGUGUUUUAAUUGCCAGACUAAAAUGCCUGCCUUUUUAUAUUCUUAAAUUACAGCAAUUCCUUUUCUAAGACUGUAUCCAAAUAUCAUUUUCUAAGACUGUAAUAUAGAUGUAUGUCCCCAAAGGUAAUACUCACAAUGCUAAUUUAUCACACGAAUGCUAGCAUUCAGUUCUACAUAUCAAAGGAACACAAACUGGUGCCCACAUGGGAUGUUGGCGUUGCAGGCAGCAGGUUCACCUGCUGUGCCACAAUCCCAGCCCCUUAAGUAAUUUUAAAAAAAAUAUUUAUUUAUUUAUUUGAAAGGCAGAGUUACAGAAAGGCAGAGAGAGAGGUCUUCCAUCCACUGGUUCACUCCCCAAAUGUCUGAAACUGGGCCGAUCCAAAGCCAGGAGCUUCUUCUGGGUCUCCUACAUGGGUGCAAGGGCACACACAGAGCUGGAUCCGAAGUGGAACAGCCAGGACUUGAACCGGCACCCAUAUGGGAUUCUGACAUUUUAGGCAGAAUCCGCUAUGCCACAGCGCUGGCACUGGUAAAUUUUUUCAUCUAGUAUUUCUACUUCUAGGAACAAAUCCUUUAGAAAUACACAUAUUAAAGUACACAAACUUAAACAUACAAGUAUAUCCAUUACAGCACUGUAACAACAACACUGGAAGGGACUCAAGUCUCCAUGAAUAAGGGACUAGCUAGAUAAACUAUGGUACACUCAAACAAGGGAAUUUAUGGUCAUUAAAAAGAACAAGCUGAGGCAGGACAUUCUGAUGGAUAAGACGCUCAGAAUACAGCAAAUAUAUGGGGGCUGGUGCUGUGGUGUAGCGGGUAGAGCUGCUGCUUGCAGCGCUGGCAUCCCAUGUGGGUGUCGGUUCUAGUCCUGGCUGCUCCACUUCCGAUCCAGCUCUCUGCUAUGGCCUGGGAAAGCAGUAGAAGAUGGGCCAAAUGCUUGGGCCCCUGCAACUGGCCAUUAAAGCCAACAAGGGAGUCAAACAGCGGAUGGAAGACCUCUCUCUCUCUCUCUCUCUCUCUGCCUCUCCUUUUCUGUGUAACUCUUUCAAGUAAAUAAAUAAAUAAAUAAAUAAAAGAAUACAGCAAAUACAAACA